UGGUUCCAGUGAAAACAGUUCAACUUGGUGAACCAGUGACCUUAACAUGUGCUUUGCCCAAAGGGCUCCAGAGUGGAGAAGUCCACUGGUACAAGCAGAAUCACGGGGAUACCCUAAAGUUAAUUAUGACAUCGUUUAAAUCUACACCAGCGGAAUAUGGUCCUGCAUUUUCUAAAUCAAGAUUUGAGCAACAUAAUGAUAACAGUUUCAGCAAUGUGACUAUUUUGAAGACCGUCCAAGAGGACGAGGGAAUCUAUCACUGUGGGCUCACAGAGUGGAUUAGGACUAACUGGAGUGGCACAUAUUUGUUUGUAAAAGGAAACAAUCAGAAAGCAUCAGUAGUUGUUCAACAGCUGACAGGAUCAAAUCCAAUCCAUCCAGGAGACACAGUGACUUUCCAGUGUUCAGUCUCUCACUCUGUCAACAAGACGUGUCCAGGAGGUCUCAGAGUUCUUUGGUUCAGAGACAGAUCUCAUGAAUCUCAUCCAGUCAUUUACACUGAUGGAAAUACACAUGAUGAAUGUGAGAAAAGAUCAGACACUCAGAAAAGAUGCAUUUAUCGCUUCUCUAAGCACGUCAGCUCCUCCGAUGCUGGGACUUACUACUGUGCUGUGGCCACAUGUGGGGAGAUAUUAUUUGGAAAUGGAACUAAACUGGAUAUUCACGGAGACUACACAUGGUCAAAGAGCGCCAGCACAGUUGUUUUUCUACUGUGUGCUUUACUGGCGAUAUGUCUGAUUGUUAUAGCUGUCCUUAUUUGCACAUCAAAGAAAAACAGCAUGGAUAACUGUGAAGUUGCUGUUCUGCAGGAAAACUUUAGUGAUCAGAGAAGACAACAGAAUAAGGACACAUGGAUGUUUUCUGCUGCUGUCUUUACCCUGAUGAAAGCUGAGAGAGGUGCAUUAAAGGAUGGAAAAAUGUCGAAAAGGCAGCGACUCUACAUGGCUUGCAAGGCUUUGGGGCUGGAUUAGUGAAUUAGCUAGCCUAUUGAGUAUGCAAUAAUCGAGCUGAUGUUUGCUUUUUAAUAAUGGGCUUCUUAUCUCUUUUAGUAUUCAAUACAGUAUAUGUUAUAUCAGCAUGCUUAUUUGUAUUUAGAAUGAAUUAUGUGCACACGUUGCAUUGAUGCAUGAAUGCUGUUGCAUGAACUGUGUGCAAAAGUCAAAGGCAGAAAUGUAAUUUCAGUUCUGUAAUGUAUCAACUGUACUAAAAUUCUGCAACAUGAAUAAAUAUAAU